AAAAACACAAUAACGUGGCGCAUAAAAAAAAUCACUUGUCACAUAUUGUUCUUUAUUGCUAUUGAUUUGUAAUUGCGUUCAUUUUUUCGAACGGUUUAACCCUUUUAUUGACUGGGUCCGAUUCUAACGAACGAUUCAUUUGUCGCUAUCAAGUUCAACGGAAGGGACCGGUUUAGCGGUUUUGUAUCACCGGAGCGCGUGAAGAUGGCAUCCCGUAAAGAAACACCGGCUGGAACAACCCUGUAUUCUCUCGUCAAAAAAAUCCAGAUCGAAGGACUGGUGGUGAUGAAGAUCAUCAAGCAUUACCAGGAGGAAGGUCAGGGCAGUGAGGUGGUGCAGGGGGUGCUGCUGGGGCUGGUGGUGGAGGACAGGCUGGAGAUUACCAACUGCUUCCCUUUCCCUCAACACACAGAGGACGACGCUGACUUUGAUGAAGUUCAGUAUCAGAUGGAGAUGAUGAGAAGUUUGCGGCAUGUGAACAUCGAUCAUCUUCAUGUGGGUUGGUACCAGUCAACUUUCUAUGGUUCUUUUGUCAGCCGGGCCCUUCUGGACUCUCAGUUCAGCUACCAGCACGCCAUCGAGGAGUCAGUCGUGCUUAUAUAUGAUCCCAUCAAGACAGCCCAGGGUUCUUUGUGUUUGAAAGCUUACAGGUUGACCCCAAAACUCAUGGAGAUCUGUAAAGAGAAGGACUUCUCAGCAGAUGGGCUGAAGAAGGCUAGCGUGGGUCAUGAGAACAUGUUCGAGGAGGUGCCCAUCGUCAUCAAGAACUCUCAUCUCAUCAACGUUCUGCUGUGGGAGCUGGAGAACAAAUCCACUGCUGCAGACAAACACGAGCUCUUAAACCUUUCCAGCGGCACUCAUCUGGAGAAGAGCCUGCAGAUGCUGAUGGACCGCGUGGAUGACAUGAAUCAGGACAUUGUCAAAUACAACAACUACUGCCGCAGUCUCAGCAAGCAACAGCAACAGAAACAUCAGUACAUUCAGAGACGGCAACAGGAGAACGCACAGAGACAGAGUCGAGGAGAGCCUUCGCUUCCUGAAGAAGACCUGAGCAAGAUGUUCAAGCCUCCGCAGACGCCUCCACGAAUGGACACCCUGCUUAUUGCUAGUCAAAUCAGCACAUACUGCCAAACCAUCAAGGAGUUCACAUCUCAAAACCUGGGCAAGCUUUUCAUGGCCGAAGCUCUUCAAGGAACAAGCAGCUAGACGUUGAUCGAGUCCGUUUGUAUGACUUUUUCUGUGUCUCAUUUUAAUACAGUCUUUUUAGUUUUUUAACACCACCAGACCAAAAUGUAAGCUCAUAGGUGUUUUGAUUCCCAUCGGAAAGCUCUUUUUAUUUAAGCAUGUACAGUUUAAAUGCAUAUUAUGCGCAACGGCAUGGACCAAACGGUGUGAAACAAUGUGUCAAAAGGGAAAUUUGACAAUAAAUUGAAUCCACUUUUGCUCAUUUA